AUGAAUAAUAAUGGAAAAACUAUUACGCUGUGUAAUAAGCUCAGCAAGGUGAACCUGAGCAGUGAUCUUGGGAAAGAUGCAUCAUACCAGCUGUCAGAUAUAAGCUUAUUGGAUGUGAGUGAUGGAUGGCUGCAAGAAGGGGGUGAUGGAGAGUCUCACGCCCUGAUGCUUGAUGGAGAUGAAUGUAGAGUUAUGAUGGAUGCCCUUACAAAGGUGUGUGCUGAUAGGGUUGGCCAGAACGAAGAGGAAGAGUCUGUUGAUCCAGUUGUCCUGGCAACCGACAAACUCCAGAACGAUCAGAGUUCAGAGUACGAUGGUGAGAACCCUCUGACAAUCAACACUGACUUUCAAGACGAAGACGACGAGAAUCCUCACACAAGCAACACAGACUUCCACGAUGAGGAGAUUGUGAAUGAACUGUCCAAUCAGCUCAGUCCACAUGUUUCGCCAACCACCAAAGCUACCCUGUGUUCCCGUCAUCUUCCCGGCCCCAAAAGAGGGGGGGCAAAGGUCAGCGAAGAACAGAAGAUUCUCCCGGUAGCAGGUAAAGAUGGCCUUGCCAAGUUCGUGUGCCCCGUGUGCAAGGAUGAGAUGAGCACACUACAUGAUCUCACCGUCCACAUCCGCCAACACAACUCCACCGCCAUCAGCUCCAACUCCGCCAACAGUUGCACCAUCUGCGGCAAGAUCCUCAGUUCCCAGAGCUCACUGGACAGGCACAUGUUGGUCCACUCAGGUGAACGUCCAUUCUCUUGCCGAGUAUGCAAAAUGUCAUUCACUACCAACGGCAACAUGCACAGGCACAUGCGCAUCCACAGCAAGGAAGCAGAGCUCGGGAUGAUGCAUGGUGUCAAGUCUGGCUCUCGCCGUGGCAAGGGAGGAUGGCGCCCUAAGACAGUUGUGCACCCUUCUAUGCAAGACCUUGAUCUCAGUACUAGUGAAGCUGCCUCAAGAUUUCUUGAACGGCCGCCCCCUCAGUUUGCAUUUCACAUGGCACCCUCCGACAUGCCGCCAUUUGGUGGUAACAAGAGACCCUCAGAAGAGUCCCAGUGGGACCACCAGUUGUCUCUGAAGAUGCCGAUGAUGUCUGGUGUUGCACUGCAUCCUCCGUCCUUGUCAAUGACAACCCUUCCUACAGUGCAGCAACAGCAACAGCAGCAGCAGCAGCCCCAGCUCCAGCCCCAGCCCCAACACCAGCCCCAGCGGCAGACUAUAGAAAGCACCAUUGGCCAGAUUCCACCUCAAUCUGGCAACGUAUGCAUGAAGGAGGAAGAUGAGCCAGCCUUCCCAGUCAUUCCUCAGCCAAACUCAAGGACCCUCAUCUACCACAAGAUGCUUGACCCAAAUGGGGUCAAGGUCAAAGACGAACCCAACACAUCCUCCACACCAAAUCAAGACACAAAUGAGGCUGGAAUCUCUGUUGGGUUUUAUGAUUUGGACUUUGUUGACUUCACAAGCAACAAGUUUCCCCUGAUAGCCAAAGCAUGGUGCGAGCACUGUACCCGUCAGCCAAGUAGCAAAUACCAUCGAUUUGACUGCACUGUGUGCAGGAAGGCUUUCCCUUGUAAGGCUGCCCUGCUCCUGCACACUCCUGUCCACACUGGGAAACAGUUGACUUCCUGCCCGUUCUGUGACUGUGAGUUCGUGGAACAGGAUAUCAUGCAGACACACAUGGUGAAACACAUGUCGGAGCGGGGUCUUGAAGACACUCAGGCUGUCGACCCUCACUCUGUCUCACAGCAAGACUUUCUGGCACAGUUCAGCCUGGCCCCGAGGCAGCUAGUUAAGGGCAAAGAAUCUCAUGCCAAAAAAUUGCAGAUUGAAAAGAGAGAAAACAAUGAAUAUUUCCCAAGACUUGGUCAUGCUUUUGUACCAUCUGUCAUGCCCAAACCUCAAGUGUCAUUGGACACCAAAGCCAAACUAGCUAAAGAAGUCGAGGAUCUGAAACGUAUCUACCCACAAGCUAUGUUCGUACCCGACAGGUUCAUUUUCUCCCCGGUGAACCAAUGUCGGCUCUCCCAACAACUGGGUCAGUCAAUUCUUGCCGUCCCCCAACAGCCAAGAAGUCACAGCCCCACCCCCAUGAGUUCAGUCACCCCACCCCCAGUGGAGUCCAAGCAAUCCGAGUCCCCUUUCAUUGAAGCGAGUCCUGUGACAACACCUCCACUAUGGGAGGAAGGUCAAGGAAGGUUCCCCUGCAGAUACUGUGAUCUUGCCUUCAACAACCAGAGAAGCCUGAAGGGACAUACACGUACACACCUGGGUCUGACGCCCUACAAAUGCAACCUGUGCAGCUACUCCAGCGCCGACAAGAGCACCCUCAUCCGACACCUGCGUACACACAACGGAGAGCGACCCUUCCAGUGCCUCAUCUGUGACUUUGCCUUCACCACAAAAGCUAACUGUGAGAGGCAUGUCAGAAAGAAGCAUGGCAAGCUAAUGAAGGAAGACAUUGAGCAGUCCAUUGGCUACAACAAGUAUGUAAUGGACACAGCGUCAAGCAUGGACGCCUUCCACUCCCCCGACACGGUCUGCAAGUACUGUGGCAUUGACUUCAAGUUCUUCCACGCCCUCAAGCACCACCUCCGGUCUCACAGCAGCUGCCGACAGAAGCCCUUCCUCUGCCAGAGAUGUGAUGUUGGCUUCUCCACCAAGGCGAACUGUGUCCGCCACAUCCAGAAGCAGCACCUGGAGGUCGGCCAACACCAGAUCGAGGGCUUGAUCCACGUCAAUGAGCCUUCCAUGAUGGAUGACAUGGAGAGAGUGACCAGCGACAGUCAGGAGUCGGCCAGCCCAGCUAGUCUCUCCAGUAGUGGUAACUUCCAGGUUUCCCCCCAGUCCCCCCGCAGCACACAAGGUGGAGCCCGUCCUCCCCCACUCCUCCAUGCUGGUGAAGCUGGAGCCACACCUCACCUGCACCCAGCCUCUAGACUUCAGUCUGAUGAACUCUCCCUUCACCCCAACCCCGGGGCUCAGUCGCAGCACUUAAAAUCAGCCCUGCAAAGUGGUGAGCUCCCCAACAGGUUCUUGCAGUUUUCCCCUCCAGCAUCCGACCACAGUCAGAAGGACGAGUUGGAUGAGGAUGACUUUGUCCUUGUCAGCGACAACAACAACAACAACGACAAGCACAGCUGGGAGAUAUCUCCACUGUCCAUGAAGGAGAAACGUAACAGGGAGGCCAAGAAGAUGGCGUUCAUGGCCAAAUACAGGAUGCACUCCCCCAACUCAGGUGGGGAUUCUGUGUCCGACCUUGCGUCCGUCCACAAGAUCCUCAACAACACAGGAGCCUACAAGUUCAACAUGUUCCUUGGAACCAGCUGUGAUGCCGAGGAGGAGGACAAAAUGUCAGCCUUCAGGAAGCAGCUAAUAAACACUGCAAUCCACAAACACACCUCCCCAUGUGACUCUCCCUCCUCCGAAGCCAACAGGGGUUCCCCAGACAAGGGCUCGGCUGAGUCGGAUGUACAACUCCUGGCUCAGUCAUACAGGGAAGACGUCAGGAGCAACAUGAAAGAACAGCAGCAGCAACAGCAGGAGGACGAGGAGGACGAUGAAGAAGAGAAUGUGGUUGACGAGGAAGAGGAAGAUGAAAAUGGGGAGGAGUCAGGCUUUAUUGAUGACCAGGAAGAAAUGGAUUCCAGCAAGCAUGGCAUGGAUCUCGAUGAGGAACAUGAUCUAAGCAAUGGACUGUUCCCUGAAACACCAGUGAAGAAGAAACGUAAUUCCUACGCAGACUCCCCCCACAAGUUGGCAUGUCCUUACUGCCCCCGGUCAUUUCCAUGGGUCAGCUCACUCAACAGGCACCUACUCACACACACAGGCCAGAAACCAUUCAAGUGUCCUCGAUGUCCAGUAACCUUCUCCACCAAGUCCAACCGAGAACGACACCUCAUACGCAAACACGGAGUGAACAUGUUGGACCCAGCCUCCCGACAGACCAUGGACAGACCAUACAAGUGUCACCUUUGUGUCUUCAGCUCCUUCUCAACUGAAAGCAACUUGUUGAAGCACUAUCAGGAAAGACACAACGGAGUGAAGCCCGAGCCAGUGCCGGAGGGAUACCCUAUAGAGGGAAUGGAGAGUGAAGUAGGCAAAGGUAUCGACAACGAUGAUAGCUUCUCUGACGAUGACACAAACAUGAUCUCUGUCAAGUCCAAUGAUGCAAUGCCAGGUCCAAGUCCUGGUGACAGCGGUUCCGAUCUGGACCAAUCAAAAGCUGACAUGUCCGACUACAGUUCAUUCAUCCAACAGUACACUUCAGCAGAACUCGAAGGUCAAGUUCAAGGUGAUGAUGAGGAUGAUGAUGAAGACAUCAUUGCCUCAGCAGGAUCUGGUGAGCGACAAACAAACCCAGAGCGAGACAAUUACAAUGUGGACAAAAUCAAACAUUGCUGGAAAUGUGGAAAGUCCUUCCCAUCACGUAAGAUGCUAGUUCGUCAUCUGAAGGAACAUAAUAUCGACCUGCCCUUCAAGUGCUAUCUCUGUGAUGCCUCAUUCGACCACAGGAAGGAGUGCCUGCUGCACCAGGAGAAGCACCACACCCGGGACUGGAACGUCCUGAGGGAGAAGAACAGCGUGGACGACAUUGACUGCUUUGCCUCCAAGAUGGAUGUGGUGGUGGAGCGUCACUGCCGGGCUGGGAAUGGAAUCCUGGUGGAGGACAAUGACGAGGAAGAUGGUGGCGAGGAACCCAUUGAGUCUGUCACAUCCGACUACAACCAGAGGAAGGUCUACUGCUCUCUGUGUCCUAAACGCUUCUGGUCAUUGCAGGAUCUCCGGCGACACAUGCGCUCUCAUACAGGGGAGCGCCCCUUUGAGUGUGACGUGUGUCAGAAGAGGUUCACUUUGAAGCACAGCAUGAUGCGACAUCGCAAGAAGCACCUGCCUGGCUCCCUCUCCCGCUCUCUCUCCCCUGCAUUCAGUGAUGAUGAGGACAUUGUCCAUAAUGAGGAAACUGUUCUGCCUGGGCCUGGUCGAGGGAGAAGUGCUCUCCGUUACCAUCUGACCACAAACACAAGGAGAGAUAACCCUGUGUUUGUACCUGAGAGGACCUCCGCCAGCAUGGUGCCCCAGAUGAAUGGGGGGAGUGAUGACCAUGAUAGAGAUGAUGACAUUUUGCACAACCUCCUGGGAGUGGACGAGUCAACCAUCAACACUAUGCUGGACUCGGCUGAUUCUGCAGCCAAGAUGCUGGGCUUCAAAUAAAAUAACAUGGACGUGAAGAUGCUCCAUGUCCAAAUAUGGAGGAAGGUGUGUCCCUGUGUCAUUGUGUGAUGUCCUUGAACCUUGUCUGAAGUCUGGUUGGGAGGCAGAUAACACAAGUUAUCAUAUAACGGAUGGCGUCAGGAUCCAGUAAAUAUGCAAAUGAGGUCUUCCAGCAGGAACUACGUCCAUCCAACGAUUUAAUGUCUGCUUUAUACGAUGUGUCUGCAUUGGGGUUUUCUGAGUUGUGGGUGAUUUUGUAGACAAACCUGGCUGCAACUCCUCUGGGACUUUUGACAGU